AUGGCGAAAGCAUUUGAUCGUAUAUCGUGGAAAUACUUAGAGGCUGUUCUCUUGAAAAUUGGAUUCUUUGACAAGCUAGUUAACUUGAUUCUUUCUCAUCUCAAAUCUACUAUCUUCUCUGUUUUGAUCAAUGGCAUUAGCUAUGGCUCGUUUCGUCCAACACGUGGAAUUAAACAGGGGAUCCGCUUUCGCCACUCUUAUGAUCUCCUCAUAUUCAUUAAUGGAGAUGUUAAAAGUGCCAAGCAAUUUAAAGAAUUCCUGCAACUUUAUCAAAGAGCCUCUGGGCAAUUGGUUAACCUUAGCAAAAGCUCAUUCGUUUGUUCUUCACAAGUCACCUCGGCUUACAGGGACAAAAUUCAUUCUAUUCUUUCCAUCACUGGUAAAGAUCUUCCAUUCAUGUACUUGGGGGCUCCCAUCUAUAAAGGCAUUAAUAGGGCUCAAUAUUGUUCUUAUCUACUUCAGAAAAUCGAUGCUAAGCUGAAAGGAUGGACAAAAAAGUUUCUUUCCAUUGGGGGUAGACUGCUCCUUAUUAAACAUGUUCUGAGUUCAAUUCCGAGACAUACGCUGAGAGCCAUGUCUCUACCAAAAAGUAUCAUUGCUAUCCUUGAAAAAAAGUUUGCAGAUUUCUUCUGGUCUUCUGACACUACUAUUCGCAGGUAUCAUUGGUUGAAAUAUAGCAGAUUUUGCUUCCUUGUGGAAGAAGGUGGUCUUGGUCUUAGAUCACUGACCUCUCUCCAAGAGGCUUAUUCACUUAAACUGUGGUGGAGAUAUUGCGAAGGAAAAUCUUUAUUGGCAAAGCUGCUACAGAAGAAAUAUCAUAGGAAGGGACUAAUGCAGUUUAAGACUACUGAUUCCUAUACCUGGAAAAGAAUUUGUCAGGUUCAUUCAACAGCUAGUACUUUAAUUUCUAUCGAGGAAGAUGGUCCUUGUUGGCUAGCGAACAAUAGGGAGAGCUUCUGUUUAAAAUUAGCAUAUGAUUUGGUGAGACAAAGGAAGUCAGCCACUCUCUCUUACCGUUCGAUUUGGGAUCCAAAUAUUCCUGCCAAAAUCUCAAUCUUCACAUGGAAAAUUUUGCAAGGGGUUGUGCCUCUUCCAUCUCAUUUGCAAAAGAUGGGAAUCCAGCUUGCUUCUUGCUGUCCCUUUUGCUGUGCAGCUGAGGGUUCAACUAAUCAUGUUUUCUUUAAUUGUUCGAAAAUUCAGCUGGUUUGGAAAUUCUUUCGAGACUCUUUCUUUAAUAAAGCGUUAACAGCUCCUUCCCUUUGA